GAGGCUAUAAAAGCCAGCGGUCAGAUGGCAACCAUUCGCAUUGCUCAACAGAGUUUCAGCCACACAGCACACACAACAGGAUAUACAGGACACAAUGUGGAGACUCGUGAGUGCAGUAUAAAAGCCUUAUCCGGAUAAUUUCCAUGUCUUUUCCAUCCUUAGAUAUUGAUUUGCGGUCUACAGAUGAUUUGUGCCUUGGAGCACAGUGACGAAGGAUGGUCAGGCGGGGAUGGAGGCAACUACGGUGGCAGCGGUGCUACUGCCACUGGCAGUGGCAGUGGGAGUAGCGGCGGAGGGGGAGAGGGAUACUACAAUCAUCAUACACCCACCACAUAUUCAGAGAUCUCCAAGCACGUGCCGGUGCAUGUGAUCGAGAAGAUUCCGCUGCCCAUACCUCAUCCGGUGGCGGUUCAAGUGCCGAAUGUGAUCCGGCUACAGAUACCCGAACCCUAUGCCGUUCAUGUGCCCGUUCAGCAGGAGAUCCAAGUGCCAGUGUACAAGAUAGUCCCAGAAAUAACCGAACGGAAGAUACCCUACACAGUGGAGAGACCCUAUCCCGUUGAGGUGGAGAAGCCCUAUCCCGUGGAAGUGAUCAAGCAGAUUAGGAUUCCGGUGCCGAAACCCUAUCCCGUACCGAUAACCAUCUACAAGCAUGUCCUGCAGAAGGAGCAUGGCUGGUAAUGAAAUAGGAGUUGAGUACAAGGGUUAAAUCUCAUGUUUAACGAGUACUACAA